AAACUUCGCCUUCCGGGGCCCGGGCGGCGGGCGAAGUCGAGCCGGGGUGUGCGCCGUGCGCCGGGACGCCGCGGGCGCGAUGGAGCGGCGCACACCUGGCGGGGCCGGUGGCGGGUGAGGAUAACGGAGCGUCCCGCUGCUGGCGCCUAGCUUUCGGUUUGCGCUCCCGGGGCGGUGGGUGUGGAUGCGUGUUCGCCGCCUCCACCUGCCGCCUUGGGACCAGCGACCGGGAUACAGCAUCCCGGCUCUCGGCCGCUCGGGGAGGGUGCCCGUGCCGCGCCGGUCUAACAGAAAAGUUGGCAAGACCUAGUCCAAGGAUCUUCCAGAUUCACCAGUUGUUGGUGUAUACACUUGUUCAAACUUACUGAGCUGACUACUUAAGAUCUGGGCAUUUUAUGCAGGUCUUCUACUUAUAAAAGACCAUGACUACUGAUGAAGGUGCCAAGAACAAUGGAGAAAACCCAGCAGCAGCUGUUGCUGAACGCGGAGAGGAUAUCACCUCUAAAAAAGAUAGAGGAGUAUUAAAGAUUGUCAAAAGAGUGGGAAGUAGUGAGGAAAUGCCAAUGAUUGGAGACAAAGUUUAUGUCCAUUACAAAGGAAAAUUGUCAAAUGGAAAGAAAUUUGAUUCCAGUCAUGAUAGAAACGAACCAUUUGUCUUUAGUCUUGGCAAAGGCCAAGUUAUCAAGGCCUGGGACAUUGGGGUGGCUACCAUGAAGAAAGGGGAGAUCUGCCAUUUACUGUGCAAACCAGAAUAUGCAUAUGGCUCAGCUGGCAGUCUCCCCAAAAUUCCCUCGAACGCAACUCUCUUUUUUGAGAUUGAGCUCCUUGAUUUCAAAGGAGAGGAUUUAUUUGAAGAUGGAGGCAUUAUCCGAAGAAUCAAACAGAAAGGAGAAGGAUAUUCAAACCCAAAUGAAGGAGCAACAGUAGAAAUCCACCUGGAAGGCCGCUGUGAUGGGAGGAUGUUUGAUUGCAGAGAUGUGGUGUUCAUCGUUGGGGAAGGAGAAGACCAUGACAUUCCGAUUGGAAUUGACAAAGCCCUGGAGAAAAUGCAGCGGGAAGAACAAUGUAUUUUAUAUCUUGGACCACGAUAUGGUUUUGGAGAGGCAGGGAAGCCUAAAUUUGGCAUUGAACCUAAUGCUGAGCUUAUAUAUGAAGUUACACUGAAGAGCUUCGAAAAGGCCAAAGAAUCCUGGGAGAUGGACACCAAAGAAAAAUUGGAGCAGGCCGCCAUUGUCAAAGAGAAGGGGACUGUGUACUUCAAGGGAGGCAAGUACAUGCAGGCCGUGAUUCAGUACGGGAAGAUCGUAUCCUGGUUAGAGAUGGAAUAUGGCUUAUCAGAAAAGGAGUCUAAGGCUUCUGAGUCGUUUCUGCUGGCUGCCUUCCUGAACCUGGCCAUGUGCUACCUGAAGCUCAGAGAAUACGCCAAAGCUGUUGAAUGCUGUGAUAAGGCGCUCGGACUAGACAGUGCCAACGAGAAGGGCUUGUACAGGAGAGGGGAGGCCCAGCUGCUUAUGAACGAGUUUGAGUCAGCCAAGGGCGACUUCGAGAGAGUGUUGGCAGUGAAUCCCCAGAAUAAGGCGGCGCGACUGCAGAUUUCCAUGUGCCAGAAAAAGGCAAAGGAGCACAAUGAGCGGGACCGCAGGAUCUACGCCAACAUGUUCAAGAAGUUCGCAGAGCAGGACGCAAAGGAAGAGGCCAGUAAAGCAAUGGGCAAGAAGACUUUAGAAGGGGUCGUCACCCAUGAUAAAGAAACAGAGGGGAAGGCAAUGGAAGAAAAAGCCGGAAGCCACGUAUGACACCACCCAAAGGAGGGAAGAGCCCUGAUGAACUCGGCCUCCUCCAUAGGCUUUCACCCUACUCAGGACUAAACAGUGUUUAAUGUAAAGUUUGUUGUAGUUUGUGUGAUUCUGGAAGCAAAUGGCAAAACCAGUGGCUUCCCAGAAACCGCCACCUUGCUGCUGCCCAGUGCUGUCCUGGAGGUGGUGUGGGACCACUCCAGGUGGAACAAAAUGGAAAUGACUGCUGGUGUGGCAAGACCGAGCCAGCAGCUCGCGUCCAGCUCGUUUCAGUGUAUGUCAACCUUCGAUAUCUAAUUCAGGGUCCUGGAGAUAAUCCUAACAAUUUGGGGCUGCCUGUUAGGUUUUACAUUCGAUUGAACUUUAGUAGCACUGCAGAAACCUAAAAACAAAUGUGUAAUGGAUUUCUCCUUUCCUGCAGUUGGGUGGGGGAGAGGAGGAGAGCGUUGGGUUUUUCCAGUGACAGGAGCGCUAGCAUCUUUAACCCAACAGAACCCACAGCCGAGGGGCUUGGAAUCCCCUUGGGGCCUCGGCAGCCCCAGACCUGAAAGCCAGAACCUCAGAGGCCACCUGCUUGCUGACUUAGCCAAACUCUCUCCUCCCUAAGCCAGCCUCCCUGGGAGAGGGGGUCAUUCCCCAAGCAUCCUUCAGCAACGAUAAAGAGCAGAGGGAGAGUGUGGGCCAGCUUUCGCUGCCUGACCUGAAGCUCUGAGCUGCCGAAGCGAGAGAAGAGCCAUGAGCAGUGUGCUUCCCCCUCCGCCAGCCCUUCUGGGAGGGUCGCCAGCCCCGCCCGCCAGCACGCCGCGCUCCCUUUCUUCUUUCCAUUCUAGCCGUUGCCAUUAAGAACUUAAGACUUGCUCUUACAAUAUCUCUGAUCUGGAAUGGACUUAGUUACAUAUCCAUUUAGGAUCCAUGCAGCUUUUUUUUUUCUUGUUUUGUCUCUUAAAAAAAUCACUGCCUCAUAAACCUGUAUACUGAUUUAUGGAGCUUUAUUUACACUCCUCUAUCAUGCAAAGAAAUUUUACUUUUUACCACUAGACGUAGUUUAAUUUUUAAAAACAAUCUGUGGAGCUGUAAGGACACGUAGCUGCUCCUCGUGCAUUAAGGUUUUCCUCUCCGGUGCGGCGCGGAGGCUUUCUGCCGCUGCUGCCGGCUUCUCUGUCCUGGGGCGGCCUGUGAAAAAGAAUUGGAAACCGCUCCCUGCGCAGGCACAUCCCGCCUAAAGCCCCAGUACUGGGGCGGUGAAUCAGGGCAAGCCUUAAAAUACGGACACGCAGCGGCACCGUGGUCUGGCGGGUAAGCGACACUGCGCGUGGCUCUCUCCCCACAGCCCAGCGCUCGUGGGAAUGCGCUUGCUGCCGAAAGAGUCGCUCCAACCUGGAACAUCUCACUUUGUAAAAUCCUAAAGAACACUGGCAAUUAACUGCGUUUUUACUUGUACGGUGGUUGUAACAAAACACUUUGGUUGUUAGGUUAGGACCCACAUGGCAACCUAAAAACAAAGUCCUUUCCUUUUCUACCAGUUCUGUGCUCCAUGGAACAGACGGAAUGAAAUUGUUUCUCUUUUGACAACUAGAAUCCUUUUAGUUUCUCACUCUUGUCUUUUUUUCAUUUUUCAUGAGAUUUCUUCAAACGCCCCAGUCUCGCCUAGGAAAUUCAAAAAGCAAAAGUUGAUUUUGCUUUGUUUGCUUAACUGUUUAGUAUUUGUAGCUCUGUUGACUAGAGCAUGACUCCAGUGAGGCCAAUACUGAGAUUUCAUCCUAAAAAGGCCAGUUAGUGUUUCGCAGGUAACAAAAGAACAAUUCCAAAAAUUAGAUCACCCCAGCCAGCGGUCUCCCAAAUGCGUGUUAUGGGUCACGGCGGGGAGGCGGGGCAAGAGUGCGGGGAGGGGAGAGCAGGGGUGUGCGGGUGGUUCUGAGCAGAGAUUGUGGGUGCCCAUCGCCGCUCUAGGAGAAACUUCAUAUAUUCUUGUAUCAAAUUCAGUAAUCUUAAUUUGUCUAGAAAUCAGCAGAUGUCUUUGAACGUCUUUUAGACUGCAUAUGGAGUGGUGAGGCAGCAUAUGAUGAAUUAAAAACUUGUUUUUAAAAAAAAUCA